UUUCCCACCGUCCUGGAGCCACUUAUAGCUUUCAAGCGGCGAGAAAUGUUGCCUUUAACUUUCGAUUGUCUAGUGGGGGGGAUUCUGCUGUUGCCGAAUCCGUUGUAAUAGCAACCUUUUUAGAAGGGUUAUUAACAGUUUUGUUGUGCUGACUGAACCUUUGAAGUUGAGUGGGCAAGAUCGGCUUCUUUUAAAAGGAAAAAAGAAGGGGGGAAACCCCCUCCCUCCUCUUGUUACUCCUUUCCCAGGGCUAUCAUUUAAUGAACAGCAAAACAAACAACGUUUUACGCAAUCAGUAGCCGGGGUGCAUCUUUUGUUGAAGCCAGAAGGGAGCGCUGUGAAACCAAAGCCCGGUUGACCGAAGCCCGCGCGGUCCCUUUAAGCCGAGGCCGGGCAAAGAGGCUGUGGCUGGCUCGGGCGGAAGUAAACUGUCGAGGCCUUUGACUCCAGAAGCAGACAUGCUUUAAACCUUCUUUCUUCUAUCAACUGGCUGAGGUGGGAGCAGGCGAGAUGGAAGAUGAACUGAAGACAGAGAGUCAAAACCUUGAUCCAGAUCAAGGUUCUUGUUCUGUGUCAGAUGAAUCAAGUCUGCAGUUUUUGAGCCAGGAAGCCCCUUCUCCCAAACUGUCUGUGACUGAACUGAGCCGGGAGUUAGACUCAAAGAGUGAGCUGAUAGAUGACAAGGAGUUUGAUAUUCCCCAGGUUGAUACACCUCCAACCCUGGAAAGUAUUUUAAAUGAGACUGAUGAUGAAGAGGAGCCAUUUGUUCUUGAGGAUCCAUCUCUUCUAAACAUUGAUAAUAUUGACACUCACUCAUAUGAUACCUCUUCUGUAGCAAGCUCUGAUAGCGGAGAUAGGACACACCUAAAAAGGAAGAAGAAACUUCAUGAUUCUUUUUCUAUCCAUGGCUCAGUUAUACGGCUGUCACUUUUGAAGGGAAUCUCAGCACAAAUAGUAUCUGCAGCAGCAAAAGUGGAUGCUGGCUUGCCCACUGCAAUAGCAGCGUCAAGUCUCAUAGCAGUGGGAACAUCACAUGGGCUAGCACUGAUAUUUGAUCCCAACCAGGCUCUUCGGCUUUGUUUGGGCAGUACUGCAGUUGGAGCACAAUACGGGGCCAUAUCUGCUCUCAGUAUCAACAAUGAUUGCUCAAGACUUCUCUGUGGUUUUGCAAAAGGACAGAUUACAAUGUGGGAUUUGGCCAGUGGAAAGCUUUUGAGAUCAAUAAUAGAUGCUCAUCCUCCAGGAACAGCGAUUUUACACAUUAAGUUUACAGAUGACCCAACUCUAGCAAUUUGCAACGACAGUGGAGGUUCAGUAUUUGAACUGUCAUUCAAGCGAGUCAUGGGUGUGAGAACAUGUGAGUCGCGCUGCUUGUUCAGUGGUUCCAAGGGCGAAGUUUGCUGCAUUGAGCCUUUACAUGCAAAGACUGAACUAAGGGACCAUCCCAUUACUCAGUACUCUCUCCUGGCAAUGGCUUCCUUAACAAAGAUUCUUGUCAUUGGCCUGAAACCAUCUUUGAAAGUGUGGAUGACUUUUCCAUAUGGUCGUAUGGACCCAUCCAGUGUUCCAUUGCUGGCAUGGCAUUUUGUUGCUGUGCAGACAUCUGUGAAUCCUGUACUUGCCUUCUGUCGAGGAGAUGUUGUACAUUUCCUUCUAGUUAAGAGAGACGACUCUGGAGCAAUACAUGUUACAAAACAGAAGCAACUCCACCUGCAUUAUGACCUCAUCAAUUUUACUUGGAUAAACUCUCGCACAGUUGUACUUCUGGACAGUGUGGAAAAGCUGCAUGUGAUAGAUCGUCAGACGCAGGAAGAACUUGAAACUGUGGAGAUUUCAGAGGUUCAGUUAGUUUACAACAGCAGCCACUUCAAAUCACUGGCAACAGGAGGCAAUGUCAGCCAAGCACUGGCCCUAGUGGGAGAGAAAGCCUGCUACCAGUCAAUUAGCAACUGUGGUGGUCAAAUAUUUUAUUUAGGUACAAAGUCUGUUCAUGUGAUGACACUGAGGAGCUGGAGAGAGAGAAUAGAUCACCUCUUGAAACAAGAAUGUCUUAAUGAAGCACUGGCGCUUGCUUGGUCCUUUCAUGAAGGGAAAGCCAAGGCUGUUGUAGGAUUAUCUGGAGAUGAACAGAAACGAAAGGCUGUUGUUGCAGACAGAAUGGUUGAAAUCCUUAUCCAUUAUGCUGAUCGAACCAUGAAAAAGUGUCCUGACCAGGGUAAAAUCCAAGUUAUGGAGCUACACUUCCAGGAUAUGGUGCCUGUCAUUGUUGAUUACUGCCUUCUGCUUCAGCGAAUGGAUCUGUUAUUUAGUCAGAUGUAUGACAAGAUGAGUGAAAAUUCUGUGGCAAAGGGUGUCUUUUUGGAGUGUCUUGAACCAUAUAUUUUAAGCGACAAAUUGGUGGGAAUCACAGCUCAAAUUAUGAAGGAUUUGCUGCUUCACUUCCAAGAUAAGAAUUUAAUGGCAAACAUGGAGGCUUGCAUUGUACAUAUGGAUAUCACCAGCCUAGAUAUAAAUCAGGUUGUUCUCAUGUGUUGGGAAAAUCGUCUAUAUGAUGCCAUGAUUUAUGUCUACAACAGUGGAAUGAAUGAUUUUAUCACUCCCAUGGAGAAAUUGUUUCGAGUCAUUGCUCCUCCACUUGGUGCUGGAAAAUCUCUCUCGGAUGAACAGGUCAUUAUGGGCAACAAGCUUCUCGUCUAUAUAAGUUGUUGUUUGGCAGGCCGCGCUUAUCCAUUGGGCAAUAUUCCUGAAGAUCUGGUGCCCCUGGUUAAAAACCAGGUCUUUGAAUUUCUUAUCCGUUUGCACUCAGCUGAGGCACCCACAGAUGAAGAAGUUUACCCCUAUGUACGUACACUGCUGCAUUUUGAUACACGGGAGUUCCUUAAUGUUCUUGCACUGACAUUUGAAGACUUCAAGAAUGACAAACAAGCUGUAGAGUACCAGCAGAGAAUUGUGGACAUUCUGCUCAAGGUUAUGGUAGAGAACUCUGAUUUUACCCCAUCACAAGUUGGAUGUCUCUUUACUUUCCUUGCCCGGCAGCUUGCUAAGCCCAACAACACACUGUUUGUGAACAGGACACUGUUUGACCAGGUCCUUGAAUUUCUUUGCAGUCCUGAUGAUGAUUCAAGACACUCUGAGAGACAGCAGGUUCUCUUAGAAUUGCUUCAAGCUGGAGGCAUAGUACAAUUUGAAGAGAACAGACUCAUUCAGAUGGCAGAAAAAGCUGAAUUCUACCAAAUCUGUGAGUUUAUGUAUGAACGGGAACAUAGCUAUGAUAAAAUCAUUGAUUGCUACUUACGUGAUCCAUUGAGAAAGGAAGAAGUUUUCACUUAUAUUCAUAAUAUACUCUCUAUUCCUGGGUAUAGCACAGAAGAAAAGCAAUCUGUAUGGCAAAAAACUAUGAAACACAUUGAGGAGCUGCUGUCAGUGAGUCCUUCUAAAGCAGCAGAUCUCAUUUCUAUCCACUUCAGUGACCAGAUCGAGCAAAUCAUUCAGAACCUGCAGGAUCAGUAUUUACUUUUCCAGUUUUUGAAGAGUCUACUUGAUCCAAGGGAAGGUAUCAAUCAGGACUUGCUGCAGCUCUCUCCCUCUAUUACUGAACAGUUUAUUAAGUUACUGUGUCAGUAUGAUCCAGACCAGGUUUUAGAGAUCUUGCGGUUCCUGGAGUUCUACAGGCUGGAAGAGACAAUUCAGGUUACCCAGAAAUACCAACUCCAUGAAGCUUCUGCUUAUCUACUUGAGAAGAAAGGAGAUAUUAAUGGUGCAUUCUUAGUUAUGCUUGAGUGGUUACAAAGCAAGUUGUUGACGCUUACACGUGAAGAUGAAAAAUCAAUAGAAUUUCUUUCACUGAAGGAUAUAGAAGACACCUUAGCAAAAACUAUUGCACUUUGCCAGAGGAAUUCACACAAUUUAAAUCAAGAGCAGCGAGAGGCACUCUGGUUUCCACUCCUAGAAGCAAUGAUGUCCCCACAAAGGUCAUCUUGUUCUGCAUUGUUGUGCCAUUACUCUGAAUUUUUGAAGAACCUGACAAUGCAGGUGCUGAAUAAUAUGGCAGCAUUCAUUGCCCUUCCAUUGAUCUUGCAGAGAAUUCUACAGGAUCCGGUCUAUGGAAGAGGAAAACUUGGAGAAAUUCAGGGUCUUGUACUGGGCAUGCUAGACAGCUUUAAUUAUGAGCAAACUCUUCUGGAGACAACAACUAGCCUACUCAACCAUGACCUCCACUGGUCUUUACGUAAUUUGAAAGCAUCAGUGACUAGAGGACUCAACCCCAAGCAAGACUACUGUUGUAUUUGUCUACAGCAAUACAAGAGAAGGCAAGAGACUGCUGAUCAAAUCAUAGUCUUCAGCUGUGGCCACCUGUAUCACUCCCUCUGUCUGCUGAGUAAAGAGUGUGGCACUGAGACAAAGGGCCAGAUGAGGUGGACUUGCUUUAAAUGCAAUGCAGGUAACAAAGGAGGGAAACUAAGUGUGACUUCCUCGGAGGCAAAGAAGCGAACUCCAGUAUCUCUGGCACAGAGAGGACACUGUCACACUACUACAGUAGGUUUGUAGCCAUUAUGUUGGUUUCUACAAUAUGAAACUUACCUGCACAUUGAGUUAAUAUGUCGAAUGCUAACCAGGAGCAGAGCCAGCCAAACGGCGGCCUGCGUUCCGCCCCGCCCCGCCCUGCGGCCCUACCAGUGAUGCCCCAUGCACAUGACAUAAUGUGCACAGAGGCAUGGCUCCAGAAAGUCCCAAGCCAAAAUCCUCCCUCUCAUUUCAGGCAGCAUUUGCUGCCUGACAGCAUACAUCUCCCUUCCUCUCCCUCGCUGGAGGAAGAGGAAGGGAAAUAAACUCAGUCAGGCAGCAAGCGCUGCCUGCAAAUGAGAGGGGGAGGAUUGGGGUAGGCCUUCUGGCAAUUGAGCCAUACCCCCUUUGCAUGUGAUGACAUGCACAAUGGGGACUCCAGCAGCCUUCUUCAUUGGUGGCCUGGGUUCUUUGAACCCGUUCACUCAGUGAUGGCUCCACCCCUGAUGCCAGUGCUCUCUUUCUCAAACUCUCUUUCCAAUUAAAACCACAUUGAAAAUGGUUUACAAGAAUGAUGAGAUGAAAUGCCAGAAAAAUAAAUCUUUCAACCUGUCUAGAUUAGUUUUUUCUUUAUUUAAGUGCUUUAUUUUAACAAACUUUAAAAAAUUAAACAGGCAUUCAAGAUUGCUCACAACAAAGUGGACAAAUGCAAUACACUGAACUUGAAAAGAGGAAAGGAAAGGCAGAGAUGAAGAAAAUGUAUAGGAAGUAUAACAGCUGUACCUUAAUAAUUUCAGCUUCAGAAUUUGAUUAGUCAGUAUUAUAAUAUUUAUUAUAUUUGUGGAUGCAAGUUUUCAUGGGGAUUGUUUUUAUUCCAGUAUUUAAUUAUUUUCUUCCAAGGGUAUAGUUCUUGAUCUGCAAGUUAAGGCUCUUUCUUGAACCUUGAUCAAUUCUUGGAGCAAGAUCAUUUUUCUUCAAGAAUGUUAAGCAAUACAACACUUAAAACUUCUACAUGAGCAUUUGUGAUGCAAGGCGUGGAAUGUUAAACUGGGACUUUGGCUUAAACAUGGUCUCAGCUGUAGGCUCACUGAGUGAUCCUAGGCAAGUCACAAACCCUCAACUUCUGUUCCCUGCAUCUAACAUGGAAAUAAUAAUGACCUUUCUGAGAGGAUGCUAUGCAGAUAUAAAAGAUGAGAAGUAUAAAACAGUGUAUAGUACUGUUAAUGGGAUUGUCUCCUGCAAUAAGUCCACAUAAGGUCACAUAUACAGGUGACCGGCCAGAUUGGCCACUAGUUAGAAAACCUUUCAAGUCUUGUCAAGAGCUGGAAUUAUAUGAGAAAUGGCUUCUUAGUCUCUUACCUGCCUUAGUCUGGAAGUUUGCUAGUCAUCCAUAUUGUGUGACUGUGCAUAGACCAUUUUCAGAGAGCAUCAGUUAGUUAGAUGUUAGCAGUUUGUGGUGUGUUGGUGUCAAAUAGUUUGCGGUAUUGUGCUCAUAUAUAUCGUGAUGUGACAAAUACUUCAGUUGUGAUUACUGUAUUUAUAUCUAUUCAACUAAGAAGAGCAAGUUCAUAUCUUCCAGAGUAAAGUCUUUGUGCCUCUUUACAUAUAUACUCAAGCAAGCAGCUAUAUUCCUGUCCUUACAUAGUUCAGUGCAGGAAAUACAAAAUACUAUUUUCUAUUUGAGGAAUGUUCAACUUUUAGAUUACUUGGAUCUUGCCUGCUUUCAUUUGGGUCAAAAUAUAGGCCAAAACAGACUUCAGCAGAUAACAAUUGUUGUUUGUCUGUGGUCAAUAUUGGUAGUUCUUUGACACUAAAUUUGUUCUGGUUGAUGGUCAAUUUGUGUUGGUGACAUAAUAAUUUUGU